AUGAAUCCUUUAAAACAUUCUAAGGUAUUCAAAACGUUUUCUAAUAGUAUACUUUUACCGAGGCCGGAUGAACCGCGUCCUGACUUGAAUUAUAAUUCUGAUGAAAGUAGUAUACGAAACAAUACUAACAGUUCAAAACAAAUCGAAGAAAUCAUUCAUUAUGCGCCUCCUCAAUCAGCUGACCCAUCUUUGGGUAUAAAUACAUUGAGUCCAAACGAUUUACUAAAUACAAUCCUAAAUCCAUAUAGUGGUGGUGAAAAUCUAAAUAAAAACAUAGAAAGUGAAGGGAUGAAAUUAAAUGUGAAAGAAAAAAGUUUUUCGAGAGACGAAAUUAAACAAGAUUCAGGCACUACAAGAAACGAACACUUGAAAGUAUACAAUUUAAAUGCAAGGAAAGAAGAUAACAAGGUUAAUUUCAAUGAAGCUGAAGUAGUCGUGGUU